AUGGACAGUGACAUCGGUCAAAAUGGCGAGACAAAGGCGGCUUUCCAAAACAAGGAGAACACGCUAAAUGGUCUCACCCCAGUCCCAACAUCGGUGACACUGUCGGCCGAACAGUUUGAAAGGCUCUAUUUGAGUCCUAUGACAGUCCGCCAAUCGUCCAUCGCCAAGAAGGUCGGAAAUCCGACACCAUUAGCACUUGGUGGUUUUGUUAUUACCACUACACCCCUUGCAUGCUGCUUGAUGGCCUGGAGAGGCGCUAGUGGAAAUGGCGUUGCUUUCAUUGGACCUAUCAUCUUCCUUGGUGGUCUUUUGUUGCUCAUAACGAGUAUUCUUGAGUUCAUUAUCGGAAACACGUUCCCCUGUGUUGUGUUUGGCACUAUUGGCGGGUUUUGGUUUGCAUUUGCGGCCACAAUGAUUCCAGCUUUCAAUGCAGCCGCUCCGUAUUCCUCAACCUCCGAUACAGCUGCCGGGCUAGCCAGCGAAGGCUUCAUGAAUACCUAUGCGUUCCUAUUCAUAACCAUGGCUGUCCUCAUGUUAAUCUUCAUGAUUUGUGCAACCCGCAUCAAUGUGGUAUACACGCUCAUUUUCCUCUCCCUGCUCCUGGUUUUCCUUCUUUUGUCUGCGGCCUAUUGGCAACUAGGCCAAGGAAAUACAGCUAUUGGUGGUCGAUGUGUAAAAGGCGGCGGAGCUUCGCUCUUUGUUGCAAGCUUGCUAGGCUUCUACCUCUUGAUUGUUCAGUUGUUUGAGUCCAUUGGGUUCCCAUGCUUUUUGCCCGUUGGAGAUUUGGAUGCACUUUGGACUCGGAAGCAAGCCAAGUAA